AUGUCUUUCCAAGUCGCCGAUGUUGACAAGAACCUCAUCCACGGGGCAUUUAUUCUGACCCCCAAGCCUGAACAUAUCGAUGAGAUCUGUUUCGAGCUGUCGGAGCUUGCCGAAUGGAUCGAAGCCAACGAGCCCGGCACCCUCGUCUUCUCGAUCGCCCAGGCCCACCCCAUCAGGGAGAUUGGUGGUGAGGGUCCCACGACCAUUGGAGUUACUGUCGUGUUUGCGAACCGAGCUGCUGCCGAGGAACACCGGUCUUCCCCCAAGCUGCAGGCUUUUAUUGCCAAGGGCAAGGAGGAGAACAAGUUGGCUGGUCCCCCUGAGAUCCGGGCUUUGACUCCCAGGGGUGGAUUCCUGCGCAAGCCCCCUCAGUAG